CUACAUAAAGGCAUCGACAAUUGACUCUGUGUACAAUCUACUGACUGCAAUCUUCCGAUCCUUCUUCAUCCUGCGUAUCAUCCUACGUAUCAGUGACUUUGUCUCAUCAGUGCUUGCCUGAUAUCUGUUACUGAUUGCUUUAUAUACCUUCACCAUGUCGUUCUUUAGCAACCCAAGUGCUGUCUGGCAUCAACACCCCUCGGGUCUGUAUUUCCUCUCUGAGUCCACCUCGAAGGUUUACGUGCCCCAAAUCGAUGUGAAUGUCCAUUCGACUAUCAUCUCGACGACAUCAAGAACGGUACUAACGCAAACAUACAUCAACCCGUCUGAUACCAAAGGAAUCAGGGAGUUGAGAUACAUAUUUCCCCUUUAUGACGGCGUCAGCGUCGUCGGCUUUACAUGCCAAGUCGCGGGCCGGACCAUUGUGGGCGAGGUCAAGGAGAAAGAGGAGGCUAAAGCGGUCUUUGACCAGGCGGUCUCCCAAGGACAGACGGCAGCGCUCCUGGAUCAAGUUCCAAAUGCAUCCGAUGUCUUUACGACGACAAUCGGGAAUGUACCAGCUGGUGCUAAGAUUAUUGUUCAGAUUACAUACCUCGGAGAACUCAAGCAUGACAUGGAGGUUGAUGGUGUUCGAUUCACCAUCCCUACCGUCAUCUGCCCACGAUAUGGCGAUUUCCCGUAUUGUUCUUCUUUGCAUACGGCAUCAAAUAUCAUUCAGAAUGGUAUAUCCAUCACAAUAGAUGCCGAGAUGGCGGAAGGCUCCUUCAUUCAGCAGAUGCGCUCACCAACUCAUCCAAUCGCCAUGUCUAUGGGUACCACCACCACUGCCCCAAAUGCUGAGCCAUCCAUGAACAAAGCCUCCGCAACACUCAGUCUGGGUACCGUCCAUCUCGACAAGGAUUUCGUUGUUCAGAUCGUUGCCAAAGACACUGGUGUCCCCAAAGCAAUCCUGGAAACUCAUCCCACAAUCCCUAACCAACGUGCUUUGAUGGCUACGUUGGUUCCUAAAUUCUCCCUCCCGCCCGAGAUGCCCGAAGUCGUUUUCGUCUGCGACAGAAGCGGUAGCAUGAGCGGGAGCGGUAUCGCAUUAGCGGUACAAGCGUUGAAGGUCUUCCUCAAAUCCCUCCCACUUGGCGUCAAGUUCAACAUCUGCUCUUUCGGGUCGUCGUAUUCGUUCCUCUGGCCCCGCAGCGUUACAUAUUCUCAGCAGACCCUUCAAGAAGCUACAUUGCAUGUCGAGACCUUUCAAGCCAAUUAUGGCGGCACUGAAAUGCUGAUGCCGCUGAAAGCGGCUAUCGCUAACCGGUGGUCGGAUAUGCCGCUUGAUGUUAUGCUUCUCACUGAUGGAAGUAUCUGGAACCAACAGGAGUUGUUCGACCAUCUGAACGACGAGAUUACGACCAAGAAGACGCCUCUUCGCGUCUUCACGCUGGGUGUAGGCAGUGGAGCAUCUACGGCACUGAUUGAAGGUGUUGCAAGAGCUGGAAACGGGUUUGCACAGACUGUUGCUGAUGGCGAGAAGAUGGACGCAAAGGUUGUUCGUAUGCUCAAGGGUGCCUUGUCUCCUCACAUUGAUGACUACACGCUGGAGGUGAAGUAUUCCGAGGAGCUCGAUGACUUCGAGUUGGUGGAAAGAGUGGUGGACAGCCUGAACGUCAAGUUGGAUUUGAAUGACGAGAAACAAGAAGAUAAACCGAAGCCAAUUUCCCUCUUCGAUCCUGCCGCCAACCCUGAUGCGGAGCAUCACCCGAAGAAUCAGACGAAAUACUCUCACCUUCCCAAGAUUGCCAUUCCAAAGAUCAUUGAAGCUCCACUGAGAAUUCCAACCUUGUUUGCAUUCAACAGGACGACAGUGUACCUACUUCUCGGUCCCGAUGCACCGCGCGAGAUGCCGAUUUCGGUCACACUACGCGGCACAAGCAAGCAUGGCCCUCUGGAGCUUGAAAUCCCAAUUCAGGUUCUAGACACGCCUGGAGAAACCAUUCAUCAAUUGGCCGCUAAGAGGGCAAUCGUCGAGCUCGAGCAGGGCCGUGGGUGGUUGACAGAGGCCAAAGAUGCCGAAACUGGUGAACUUCUAAAGAAGAAGUGCGAGGGGCGUUUUCAAGACAUGGUCGAGCGUGAGGCUGUCCGCCUGGGUGUCCAGUUUCAAGUUGGCGGCAAAUACUGUUCAUUCGUUGCUGUCGAGAAGAAUGGGUCCCCGGACCAAGCGAAUGCUGAUGGCGAAUGGUGGGAUGCGAAAGGGACCAGGAGGACAUUUGCGCUCGAUGAAAGACUCCAAGAAGAUGUAUCUCGGCCGUCAUUCGGGGGUGGUGUGAGCUUGGGCAGACUGGGGCCAUCAUCACCGUCGACUUCACGGAAGAAGCUACAGCUAAUGGCACGGCAAGAGAUGGAUUCCGGUUCUACUCCCCAACCACUGAUGAUGCAACAACAACAACAACAACAACAACAACAACGACUACAUAUGCCACCAUCCGGCCAAGCUCUUCAGCCACAGAUGUGUGGAUUUUCUAUGCCUGCAACACAGAGCCUAGGCGGCAUGACCAGCGUCGACAGCUGGUCGGUCGGACGCCCACAGUCCACAGGCUAUGGCCUCUCCCCAUCACAAUCCCACGGUUCUACCCCAAGUCCCCUCCCCUCUACUUCAGGCUACUAUGCAGCUCAGCCCAAAAACCCCUUCGCACCAUCACCCGCCCAAACAACCUCGUUCAACAGCGCCGCCGCCAGAUACUCACCAACAUCCUCAUCACCAGUCUCCAACAGCCCCGCACUCUUCGGCGGAAGCAGCAGCAGCAGCACCACCGCGCAACCCGCCUUCGGCAGCGCCAACCCAGCACCAUGGAGCCCCCAGCCCGCAACCUUCAACCCCUUCACUCCGUUCUCCGGAGCCCGAGCAGCACCACCACCGCCUCCACCCGCACCAAGCGCAUACACCACCACCACCCCGCAAACAGACGACGCAAUCCUCACGACCCUGAUAUCCCUGCAAUCCUUCUCCGGCUACUGGGACCUCGAGCCCGCCCUCCUCUCCGCGAUAUCUCUGUCCGAAUCCAGUGCCGAAGCCCUUCUCAAGGCGAAGGAGAUAUCGGACGUGGAUGCGAGGAGGAAGGUGGCGACGGCGAUUGCGGUCGCGUAUAUGGAGACGAGGCUGGUGGCGUUGAGGAAUAGUUGGGAGUUGGUGGUUGAGAAGGCGAGGAGGUGGCUUGAGGGGGAGGAGGAGGGGGAGGCGUUGGUUGGGAGGGUUAAGGGGGCUGGGUUUUGGUGAGGUUGUGGACGUGUAUGCGUGUAGAGAGAUACUUGGAAGGUUUUCUGUGAUCUAUUCUGUUCUUUUCCUUCCUGGUUUAAGUGUCGUUGGUGCUGGAGGGAACAAAGUAGUUGAUCGUAUAUUCAAUC